AGAAAUGACAAGGGAGUUGGUGUAAUUUGACAAUAUCUCGGAAAAUUCUUCAUCUUUGGGAGAACUCCCCAUUGAGGAUCCAUGUUCAAGGUUUGACUAUUCACUGCUUGCUCAUCAAGCAGCUACUGUUUUCAGCUUGGGCGCAACGAAAAUUUGCAACCAAGAAUUUGUCCUCCUAUACAUAUGAGUUGAAACAAAAGUUAGUUUCUGCAUUGCUGAUUUGCUCAGAGUUUUUGAUUCUGAAGCAGUACUAGUUUCAGAAGCUCAGGGGGAAUCAAUCCAUCCUCGAUAUAUACUGACUACAAGCAGAAGCAGCAUUCCCAGCAGUGGCAAUAGGUAUUGUUUGGAUUCCGCAACCAGGACUGAGUAGAUAUAGAUUAUACAACUCAGAAGUUGAACAAGCUAGCAGUUGAAAUGACGGCAGACAACGGUUUGGAUGACAAUAGUACAGCAAGAGAUGAGGCGUCGACAUCUCGAACUCAUGCCUUGGAAGCAGAGGUCAAGGGACGUUAUGACGUGGAAGGAAGCAAAGACGACUCACAUAAGGCCGAGGAGAAGCAGGCCACAAACACGGUCCCCUUUUACAAAUUGUUCACUUUUGCUGAUUCCAUGGACAAAAUUUUGAUGAUUGUUGGUUCAAUUGGUGGCAUUGGGAAUGGAUUGUGUCUGCCGCUUAUGACAAUUCUUUUCGGGGAACUGAUUGAUUCUUUCGGGCAGAACCAGAGCAAGGAUGUCGUUUCAGUUGUUUCAAAGGUUGCUCUUAAGUUUGUGUAUUUGGCUAUGGGUUGUGGUGCAGCAGCAUUUCUCCAGGUUUCGUGCUGGAUGAUCACUGGGGAAAGGCAGGCUGCACGAAUUAGGAGUCUUUAUUUGAGAACAAUUUUACAACAGGAUGUAGCAUUUUUUGAUAAGGAAACUAAUACAGGAGAAGUAGUUGGAAGAAUGUCUGGUGACACUGUUCUAAUUCAAGAUGCCAUGGGUGAGAAGGUUGGAAAGUUUAUACAGCUGGUAUCAACAUUUGUGGGAGGAUUCGUGAUUGCAUUUAUCAAAGGAUGGCUUCUUACCCUUGUCAUGUUGUCAUCUAUUCCUCUGCUUGUGAUAUCUGGUGGAGUCAUGUCUCUAGUCUUAUCUAAGAUGGCAUCUCGCGGACAAAAUGCAUAUGCUAAGGCUGCAACUGUGGUUGAACAGACAAUUGGCUCCAUCAGAACGGUAGCCUCAUUUACAGGUGAAAAGAAAGCUGUGGCUGACUAUGACAAGUCCCUUGUAAAGGCUUACCAGUCUGGUGUACAUGAAGGGUGGGCAAGUGGGUUGGGGCUUGGCUCGGUUAUGUUCAUUGUAUUCUGCAGUUAUGCUUUGGCUAUUUGGUUUGGUGCAAAGCUGAUCUUGGAGAAGGGUUAUUCAGGUGGUGAAGUGAUCAAUGUGAUUGUUGCUGUGUUAACAGGUUCCAUGUCUCUGGGGCAGGCAUCUCCUUGCAUGACUGCAUUUGCUGCAGGUCAGGCUGCAGCCUUCAAGAUGUUUGAAACUAUCAGUAGGAAACCUGAAAUAGAUGCAUACGACACACGGGGGAAGAUAUUGGAAGAUAUUCGUGGUGACAUAGAAUUCAGAGAUGUCCAUUUUAGCUAUCCAGCUCGACCAAAUGAGCAAAUAUUCAGAGGCUUCUCUCUCUUCGUCUCCAGUGGAAUGACUGCAGCUUUGGUUGGACAGAGUGGGAGUGGGAAAUCAACUGUGAUAAGUUUGAUAGAGAGAUUUUAUGAUCCACAAGAUGGUCAAGUCCUAAUUGAUGGAAUCAAUCUCAAGGAGCUCCAACUGAAGUGGAUUAGGUCCAAAAUUGGGCUUGUCAGCCAAGAACCGGUGCUUUUUACAGCAAGCAUUAGGGAAAAUAUUGCAUACGGCAAGGAUGGUGCAACUGUUGAGGAAAUCAGGCGAGCAGCAGAACUGGCAAAUGCUGCAAAGUUCAUUGAUAAACUGCCCCAGGGACUUGAUACAAUGGUUGGUGAACAUGGAACCCAGCUUUCCGGUGGACAGAAACAAAGAGUUGCCAUAGCUAGAGCGAUUCUGAAAGACCCAAGAAUUUUACUAUUGGAUGAGGCCACAAGUGCACUAGAUGCAGAAUCUGAGAGAAUUGUGCAAGAGGCACUAGACAGGAUUAUGGUAAAUAGAACGACUAUAAUUGUUGCACACCGCUUGAGCACAGUUAAGAAUGCCAAUAUGAUUGCAGUCAUUCAUCAAGGGAAGAUUGUUGAGCAAGGCACACAUUUUGAACUGCUCCAGGACUCUGAGGGUGCAUAUUCUCAGCUCAUACGCUUACAAGAAGAAAAUAGAGACCCAGAACAAGUUGACGGAAAAGAAAAAUCAGACGUCACCAUGGAUUCUGGCCAGCAGUCAAGUCAAAGAAUGUCAUUCAUGCGUUCCAUCAGUCGAGGGUCAUCUGGAAUAGGAAAUAGCAGUCGUCAUCGAUCAUUGUCCCUCACAUUUGGUCUACCUGUGACAGUUAAUGUCUCUGAAUCUGCAGUAGAAAAUUCAGAUGAGACCUCCACAAAAACAACUGGAAGACCUCCAAAAGUCCCUAUUCGUCGCCUUGCCUAUCUCAACAAACCUGAGGUACCUGUACUGAUGGCAGGAGCCAUAUCUGCCAUUGCAAAUGGUGCAAUAAUGCCCAUAUUUGGUAUCUUAAUUUCUAGUGUUAUCAAAACAUUUUUUGAGACACCACAUAAAUUACGCAAGGAUUCGAAAUUUUGGGCACUCAUGUUUGUGGUCCUCGGUUGCGCGUCAUUAAUUGCAUAUCCAGCAAGGACAUAUCUUUUUGGUGUGGCAGGGCAGAAGUUGAUCAGGAGAAUUAGAUUAAUGUGCUUUGAGAAGGUGGUUAACAUGGAGGUUGGUUGGUUUGAUGAGCCUGAGCACUCGAGUGGGAUGAUUGGAGCAAGGCUCUCGGCUGAUGCUGCCACAGUUCGUGCCUUAGUUGGUGAUGCACUGGCACAGAUAGUUCAAGAUUUAUCUUCAGCAACUGUUGGACUGGCUAUUGCUUUUGCAGCUAGUUGGCAGUUGGCUCUCAUCAUACUUGCUAUGAUACCUCUUAUAGGAUUGAAUGGAUAUGUACAGAUCAAGUUCAUGAAAGGGUUCAGCGCGGAUGCGAAGGUGAUGUAUGAGGAAGCAAGUCAAGUGGCUAAUGAUGCCGUUGGGAGUAUAAGGACAGUCGCUUCCUUCUGUGCAGAAGAGAAGGUCAUGGAAAUGUACAAAAAGAAAUGUGAAGGUCCUAUGAGAAACGGGAUUAGACAAGGAUUGAUUAGCGGGGUAGGCUUUGGUUUAUCUUUUGCAUUAUUAUUUCUGGUCUACGCCACAAGCUUCUACGCAGGGGCUCGACUUGUUGAAGCUGGAAAAAUUACAUUUUCUGAUGUGUUCCGUGUUUUCUUUGCUCUAACUAUGGCAGCAAUAGCUAUCUCUCAAUCAAGUUCGUUUGCUCCAGAUUCAAGCAAAGCUAAGAGUGCGGCUGCUUCCAUAUUUGCCAUUCUUGACAGAGAAUCUAAGAUCAAUCCAAGUGAUGAAUCUGGCAUGAAAUUAGAAAGUCUGAAGGGAGAAAUUGAACUAAAACACGUGAGCUUCAGGUAUCCAACUAGGCCUGACAUCCAGAUCUUCCGGGAUCUUUCCUUAACAAUCCACCAUGGCAAGACAGUUGCUUUGGUUGGAGAGAGUGGAAGUGGGAAAUCAACCGUGAUAUCUUUGUUGCAAAGGUUUUAUGAUCCUGAUUCAGGGCAUGUAACACUUGAUGGAAUUGAGAUCCACAAGUUCCAAUUGAAAUGGCUGAGGCAGCAGAUGGGACUGGUGAGCCAAGAACCAGUUCUGUUUAAUGACACAAUCCGUGCCAACAUUGCGUACGGGAAGGAAGGAAAUGCAACUGAGGCCGAAAUAAUAGCUGCAGCUGAGCUCGCUAAUGCCCACAAAUUCAUCAGUGGAUUGCAUCAGGGUUAUGACACUGUGGUGGGAGAGCGAGGGGUUCAAUUGUCCGGUGGACAGAAGCAACGUGUGGCCAUUGCACGAGCCAUCAUGAAAAGUCCCAAGAUACUCCUACUGGAUGAGGCAACAAGUGCGCUGGAUGCUGAAUCUGAAAGGAUAGUUCAAGACGCGCUUGAUCGAGCAAUGGUCAACCGGACUACAGUUAUUGUGGCUCACAGGCUAUCAACAAUCAAAGCAGCAGAUGUGAUUGCUGUGGUGAAAAAUGGAGUCAUAGUUGAGAAAGGGAAGCACGAAACUCUAAUCAACAUCAAAGAUGGCUUUUACGCAUCACUACUGGCACUUAACAUGACAACUACUGCAUCUUAA